CUGGGGCCCGGGCGGCGGCGGCGGCAGCGCUGGCUUCGGUGCUCCUCGGCGCGCUUUCCAGCCGCCUCCUAGCGGCGCGGCGCGGGCUCGCUGCUACGCUCAAAAUGACCAAUGUGUAAUUUCAGUGGAAUAAAUGGCGUCCAAAGUCACAGAUGCUAUAGUCUGGUAUCAAAAGAAGAUUGGAGCAUAUGACCAACAAAUAUGGGAAAAAUCUGUUGAACAAAGAGAAAUCAAGGGGUUAAGAAAUAAACCAAAGAAAACAGCACAUGUGAAACCAGACCUCAUAGAUGUUGAUCUUGUAAGAGGGUCUGCAUUUGCUAAGGCAAAGCCUGAAAGUCCUUGGACUUCUCUGACUAGAAAAGGGAUUGUUCGAGUUGUAUUUUUCCCCUUUUUCUUCCGGUGGUGGUUACAAGUGACAUCGAAGGUCAUCUUUUUCUGGCUUCUUGUCCUUUAUCUUCUUCAAGUUGCUGCAGUAGCAUUAUUCUGCUCCGCUCCCAGUCCACACAGCAUACCUCUAACGGAAGUGAUCGGGCCAGUAUGGCUGAUGCUGCUCUUGGGAACUGUGCACUGCCAGAUUGUGUCAACAAGAACACCCAAACCUCCUCUAAGCACAGGCGGGAAAAGAAGAAGGAAAUUAAGAAAAGCAGCCCAUUUGGAAGUACACAGGGAAGGAGAUGGCUCUAGCACCACAGAUAACACUCAGGAGGGAGCAGGGCACAGCCACGGAGCUGGCAGUCCGUACGGGGUUGGCGCUGUCUUCCGAGACCUCUGGCACGCUGCUUCCUUCCUAUCGGGGUCAAAGAAAGCAAAGAAUUCAAUUGAUAAGUCAACUGAAACUGACAAUGGCUAUGUAUCCCUUGAUGGGAAAAGGACUGUUAAAAGCAGUGAAGAUGGAAUACAAAACCAAGAACCUCAAUGUGAAACUAUCCGACCAGAAGACACAACCUGGGUCACAGGAAAUCCAAGGAAUGUUCCUAGCAAAGAUCCCCCAAGGAAAACGAUAAAUGUCUCUGAUGACGUGUCCAGUGAGGAAGGUCCUGAAGCGGGGUAUUCAUUACGUUGUCACGUGGACAGGACUUUGGAAAGCAGUCUUCGGAACAGGAAGUCACACCAUUACAAAAAGCAUUAUUCAAAUGAGGAUGCCCCUAAAUCGGGUACUAGUUGCAGCUCUCGCUGUUCAAGUUCCAGACAGGAUUCUGAGAGCACAAGACCCGAAUCUGAAACAGAAGACGUAUUAUGGGAAGACCUGUUACACUGUGCAGAAUGCCGUUCAUCUUGUACCAGUGAGACAGAUGUGGAAAACCCUCAGAUUAAUCCAUGUAUGAAAAAAGAAUAUAGAGACGACCCUUUCCAUCAGAGUCAUUUGCCCUGGCUCCAUAGUUCUCACCCAGGAUUAGAAAAAAUAAGUGCUAUAGUGUGGGAAGGCAAUGACUGUAAGAAAGCAGACAUGUCUGUGCUUGAAAUCAGUGGAAUGAUAAUGAACAGAGUGAACAGCCAUAUACCAGGAAUAGGAUACCAAAUAUUUGGAAAUGCAAUCUCUCUAAUCCUGGGCUUAACUCCAUUUGUUUUCCGACUAUCUCAAGCUACAGACCUGGAACAGCUCACAGCACACUCUGCUUCAGAACUUUAUGUGAUCGCAUUUGGUUCUACUGAAGACGUCAUGGUUCUUUCUAUGGUUAUGAUAAGUUUUGUGGUUCGUGUGUCUCUUGUAUGGAUUUUCUUUUUUUUGCUCUGUGUAGCAGAAAGAACUUAUAAACAGCGAUUGCUUUUUGCAAAACUCUUUGGACAUUUAACUUCUGCAAGGAGGGCUCGGAAGUCCGAGGUUCCUCAUUUCCGGUUGAAGAAAGUCCAGAAUAUAAAAAUGUGGCUGUCUCUCCGUUCCUACCUUAAGCGUCGUGGUCCUCAGAGGUCAGUGGAUGUGAUCGUUUCUUCUGCUUUCUUACUCACUAUCUCAGUCGUGUUUAUCUGUUGUGCUCAGCUGCUUCAUGUGCACGAGAUCUUCCUUGACUGUCAUUACAACUGGGAACUGGUGAUUUGGUGCAUCUCCUUGACACUUUUUCUCUUAAGAUUUGUUACACUUGGAUCAGAAACAAGUAAAAAAUAUAGCAAUACCUCAAUAUUACUUACUGAACAGAUAAACCUCUACUUGAAAAUGGAGAAGAAACCUAACAAAAAGGAGGAACUGACACUAGUGAAUAAUGUUUUAAAACUGGCUACGAAGCUUCUGAAGGAGCUAGACAGUCCCUUCAGACUGUAUGGGCUGACGAUGGACCCGCUGCUUUACAACAUCACCCAGGUGGUUAUUCUCUCGGCUGUUUCUGGUGUUAUCAGUGACCUGCUUGGAUUUAAUUUAAAGCUGUGGAAGAUUAAAUCAUGAAAGUGGAAGAAAGGUGUAGCCUCGUUUCCAGACCGAGCGCUGCCUGGGCCCCUGCACACAGCAGUCUCGCUCUGCUUCGGAGUCUCCGCUGGCCCAUCGAUGUGUUUACAUCAGCCUGUCUUGUGCAAUCCUUGUAUUUAUUUUACCUGUUCACUGUUUUUUUUUUUAACCUUUAUUUUAGCCUUGCUAUUUUAUUUUUAAGCAUUUAUGUUCCUAUUUGUUGAAAGGGUGACAAAACUGAUAUCCAUAUACUUGAGGUCCUGGUAAUUGCUCAUAGAUAACUGACAGAUUGUGAAAGAAGCCAUCGCUAAGCGCCUGUUUCUCCAUCAGUGCCGUGAACUUGCCUUACUUGAGGAAGACUUCUUUAACUCUGAAUUAUCACAUUAGACUCAGCUACAGGCAUAUAGCAUGAAUAAAUCAAGACCCAGUCAAGAUCUCUCUGGAACUAUUUCAGAACAAUGCCAGGAUCUAUACUGAUUAAGCUGCAGUUUAAGCACCCUUCAGUAUUAAUAUAUAUGGUGUUACACAACAGGUCAACAAGUGCUCUUUGGUGAUAAAAUUCUUAAUGGAGCAAUAAUUGUAAAUGGUUACCAUACUGUAAGAUAUUUUGAUAAGAAUUAACUAGUAAUAAUUGUAUUUAUUUGAAACACUGAGCUGUUUGCACAGCUCUUAACUGUGCAUGCUCAAACUGUGCACUUUUAAAAAAAGUUACUUUUAAUGUGUAUCUUUCUAUGGGAUAUGUUACAGUGUACUAGGGCAUAAUAUGGUAUCCUUUUGAGUGAGGAAGAUACUCAUCUCACAAGUGAAGUGCCUAUUGCUAUUACUAAAGUACGUUACGUUUACUCAAGGUAAAAAAUUUCCCCAUGGUACACUAUAGCGUAUGCUAUUCAUACUACACUUCAGUGAGCAACUUAAGAAUAAGGUUAAGAACCAAUAAAAUACCUGAUUGCUAGUUUUAAAAAAAUUCCAAUUUUUCAGAAAUGACAGCUUCAGCCUACCGAUUCUCUCUUACAAACUUAAUUUGGUGCAUCCCCUCCCCAGCUCCAUUCUACAAGGGCUAUUUUAGAUGCUUUUAACAGGGAAAGUUAACUCCUCUCCCCAUCCACAAUCUGCCAAGUGUCCAAUGAGAGCUUAUCAUGUUGUCAUGUUAGAUAAAUAGGGCAAACGUGAUAGUAUCUUUUAUUGGGCCUUGAUUUUAGGUUGUUAUGUGUAUACAAUCAAUAGAUGUAGGAAUUACAUGAAACACAAAAUGUUUUUGUGAUUUUUUUUUUUAAGCCAAGCAUCUGAUUUCUAAAACAAAGAAUUUAUUUAGAACAAUCUAGAAUUUUUUUUGGUGCAAAGUCAUGUUGAGUAUCUUCAUGUUUUUAACAUAUUUUAAGGAAUUUAAAAUAAUUAAUUGUAAAUAAUUUAUUUGAUUGGUGCAGUUCUAAUUUCCAAAUCAUAAUCUUAAAAUCAGGAAUGUGUAGAGAACAGAGCCAUGUCACACAACUUUGCUCUUACAAUUCCUUUUGACCAGCCUCAAUUCAGUGUAUGGUAUAUUUUCUGUGCGUAGUAAACAGCAGACAGCAUUUUGUUUUACUUGCCUGUGUUCUAAUAUAUUUAAUAAUGACCAAAGUGCAUUCUGAGUAUUUUCAAGGAAUGUAUUACUGGAGCUUUAAGAACAUAUUUAGUUUCUCAUGUGAAAAAUUAGGCCUUGUCUCAUGUGUUUCUUCUGUUGUCUAAAGUUGGAGUUGUUUUUAGGAACUAUAUUUUAUAAACUUUUUCAAAAUAAGGUACAUACCUAUACAGAACUUGACAUUUUGCACAGAGUAUAUCAAAUAUAUUUUGAGAAAAAAAAAGUACAGCAUGAGUUCUGGUAGAAUAAAAAGAUAAAAUUAUUGUAUCUUACAAAAGAACCCCUUAUUUCAGAAGUGGAAGUAUUUUUGAGAGAAGUAGCUGAGUAUACUGACUUAGGGAAAUGCUUGCUUUAGGUUAAAAUUGAAUUUAACAUGGAGUUGAGAGUUGAGUACAGUAUUCUUCUCAGCAGUUUAAUGUUUGAAUUAUGUCACUAAUGUGGACAACAGCGGAAUACUAAAAGGAAAAAAAGUGGUCAUUUUAAGCAGUUUCAUAAUGUUAACAAAAAUAUUUCAAAGUAGAAAAUUGACAUUGCUGCCUUUAAGAAUAUGCCAUGAAUGUAAGAAAUUGAAAUUGUAGCGUAUCACAUUGUAUAGAAAAGGCAGUUCAGAGGUAGAAUUGCGGCAGAUGUUGUGUCUUAACUGUUGUUUCUUUGCCACACGUGUUGUUUUUGAAAGUUUGAACAGCAAGUUUAAAAUAAAACGCUCUAUGACUGAC